AUGGUGGAAGGCUUUUCGGAGCUGGUCCAAGCCUCCGGCGUGUCGGUCCCGGCUCGGGCCAAGUUUGUGGGUCGCUUCUUAGGGUACACAACCUUUGGUUCCCUGACCUUUGGCUUGGUGUGCGGCCAGCUGGGCGUCAUGUUCACUGUUGGCCCCCUGGUACCUUUCUUUUGCGGCUCCUGGCUUGGCUACACAUUGUCGUCCAUCUCGUUUUGGCGCUCUGAAUGUUCCACCGCACGAGGGUAUGUGAGAGAUUACCCUCGAUUGUUGGAAUAUGUGAUCCGCACGGAGUUCCCUUGGGCACGCAUGCCCGAGGUCACAGGAAUCGAAGUUUCGAUGGUUCCCAUGUCGCAGGACAUGGCUAUUGAGAAAUGGAUGCAGGGCCACAGCUUGAUCCGGUUGAGCUGGUGCAUUUUGGCGGGCCAAAGCUGCCAGUCAUUGAUCCAAGAGCACCAGGAGGAGAAACGGAGAGAACUCUUGGCUGAGCCAGCCGCUGCUUCGGCUCCCCAUGGCUCCAGUGGCCAAAUUUGA